UCCUUCCGGUCUGAAUCAGCUGCUUCUGUCUGAUCGGACUCUUCUUUCUUCACUCGACUGGUUUCGUCUGUCAGAUCCAACAUGGCGGCCUCCGGAGCUUCACGUGAGCUCUUCACGGAGGGAGUGAGCGCGGUCCUCCACAGCUGGCCGGUUCUCCAGAUCGCCGUGGACAACGGGUUUGGAGGCGUGUACGGCCAUCAGAAAGCUGAUUGGAUGGUGGAUGUAGUCCAGCAGUUUUUCCAUGACAAUGCUGACCUGCAGCGGUGCGAGGUCGAGGACUUCAUUUCUGAACUGAUGGAUCAGGAGUUUGACACAGUGGUGGAUGAUGGGAGUUUACCUCAGGUGUGCGACAGUCUGGUGCAGAUGUUCGGCCAGUGGCAGCAGGGGGCGCUGCAGCCGCUCAAACACACCAUCGCCACCCUCACGCAGAAGAAGAGUCAGAGGGCAAAGGUCAGCGCUCCGCCCACGCAGUCGGACGAAGACGACGAGGAUGAUGAUGGAACACAGAUGAUGGAGUGUGAGUCGUCCGGUCCAUCAGUCAGCAGGACAGAUCCUCCUCCUCCUCCUCCGCAGGCUGAAGAGGACGGUUGGACGGUGGUGCGGAAGAAGAAGUGAAGAUGAAGAGCGUUAUGAACUGAUAAACUCAGCUGUCCUUAAGGACGGGACUCUGUGUGUGAGAGACACUGACAAAGACUCCCAAAGUGUGUUUUUAAUGGAGGUAAACUGUGAGCAGCCUGAAGGGAGAAGCUCCAUUAAAGCAGACUCAGUCUGGUUUCUGUGGUUGGUUUUAUAUUAAAGCUGUUGGAACUACCGU